UCCAACAUGGCGUCCGUACAGUUGAUUCCGCCUGUCUCCGACUUGUAUGAGAUGAUUGAGGCGUUCCUACAGGCCCCUGUGUAUCACUUGAUCUUUGAAGUUUGCCUGAUUGUACUGAUUAUCAAGCUAGUGUUCUCCAAGUCCUUCGCUGGUGCUCCUGAAACCAUCCUAACAAAGAAGGAGGAAGAAGGGCUGAUAGCAGAGUGGACACCAGACCCCCUAGAACAGGAUGUGCCCCCAGAUCACCCAGUGCUACAGUCUUUGGAGAAAAACCUUGUCACAGGACCACCAGGAAAAUAUGUCGAAAUCAACGGGAAAAAAUGUGUUAACAUGGCAACUCUGAACUUCCUGGGGAUGUCAUGUCGGCCGGAAAUAGUGGAUGCUGCAGUCAAGACUAUGAGAAAGUAUGGUGUUGGAUCUUGUGGUCCGAGAGGUUUCUAUGGAACAAUGGAUGUACAUCUCGACCUGGAGGAAAAGUUUGCCAAGUUUAUGGAUUGUGAGGAAAGCAUCCUGUACUCUUACGGUUUCGCCACCAUAGCCAGUGCCAUCCCAGCCUACUCCAAACGAGGGGAUGUCAUAUUUGUAGACGACGGAGUGUGUUUCGCCAUACAGAAAGGCCUGGUGGCAUCUCGUAGUGCCAUCAAGUGGUUCAAACACAACGACAUGGAGGACUUGGAGAGGCUGCUGAAGAUCCAACAGGAGGAGGACAAAAAGAUUCCCAAGAAAGCCAAAGUCACUCGGCGCUUUCUAGUGGUGGAGGGACUAUACAUGAACUAUGCUGACAUUUGUCCGCUCCCUCAACUGGUCGCACUGAAGUGGAAAUACAAGCUGCGACUGUUUAUGGAGGAAAGCCUAUCCUUUGGUGUCCUAGGGGCGAAUGGCAAAGGUGUCACAGAGUACUAUGAUAUUUCACGAGAUGAGGUAGACUUGAUUGCUGCAACACUUGAAAAUUCCAUGGGAACAUGUGGAGGCUUCUGCUGUGGGAAAAAAUAUGUAAUAGAUCACCAGCGUCUGUCUGGUAUGGGGUACUGUUUCUCUGCCUCCCUGCCUCCCAUGCUGGCCACAGUAGCUAUAGAGGCACUUCGCACUUUGGAAGAGGAUCCAUCUUUGCUAACCAAACUAAGUCACAACUGUCAGAGGGUUCAGGAGAAAUUAUCUAGAAUACCAGGAAUACAGGUACAUGGUGAUCCCGUCGCUCCGAUAAAACACGUAAGACUUGAGGAAUUAAACGAUGACCGAUCCAUUAACGUACAGACGCUGGAAAAGAUUGUAGACAAGGCCAGAGAUCUAAGUGUGGCUAUUACAGUGUCGAGGUAUCUGGAAAGUGACGAACAUAUCACACCGAGUCCAAGUAUAAGGCUGUCCGUCAAUGCUAGUCUUACAGACGAGGAGAUUGACAGAAGUGUUGAACUUAUAGGCAAGGCUUGUGCAGCAGUGCUCAACAGCUAUUCAUGAGAUGAUGAAGACCUUAUUAAGAUGUUGUGAUCUACUACAGAAUACUGACAAUUACUAACUGGAAACUGGGAACAACUGGUCAUAACAGAGCUUUAUAAAGCUUCUCUGUAGCUGGGAAUAACUGGUCAUAACAGAGCUUUAUGAAGCUUCUCUGUAGCUGGGAACACGUGGUCAACACAGAGCUUUAUAAAGCUACUCUGAAGCUGGGAACAACUGGUCAUAACAGAGCUUUAUAAAGCUUCUCUGUAGCUGGGAAACUGAGAAAUUUUGGGAAAUGACAAAGAUAUUGGCAUCUGGUGAAACAUUUGCAUGUCAUUAAUUUUGAAACGAAUUAUCAAAUAUUUGAAUUCAGUGCAUAAUGGCCGUAACUAUAUCGUCAUCAUCUUCAUCAAGGACAGAUGUUAAAGUUCACCACAAGAAAAAAGUGCUGCUGAUGUCAUGAUGCGCUUUUGAUUUUGGCACAGAGAUAGAUACACAGCUUACUUAAGGUUCAAUCGGAAUUUCAUUAUUUUUGAAAUUUACAGUGCUGUGUUGUUUACACUUGUGUGUUAUAUGAGCAUUGAGUUGUCCAGUUAAGAAUUCUUCAACAUUCAUCCUAACAUCAUUGUGACUGGUUUAUCAUUCAAUAUCAGAAAGUUGCUACGCUCCCAUCCUAGCAGCUGUGAAGAUUAGAUCAAGGAAGACGAUGGAGAAGUACCAACACCAAGGCAUGUGUGUUUUCACAUGGCGUAUAUUGUUUUUAUCAUGUCUACACCUCGGAUUGUGUAUUGUAUGUGUGGCAUUUAUUGUUUUUAUCAUGUUUCAACGUUAACUUAUUCACCCCUGAAGACUCAUUUGAACUCCUCCAAUUCAAAUGUUGGAAUAGUUCAUUAUGAAAUUUCAGGGGUGAAUGAUCUAAGGUAUGUGUAUUGUGACAGGGAGGUGUUUUUAUCUUCAAAUGGUAAGGCUAGGCUAACCGCCAGAAAAUUUACAUACAUUUUGUUUGUACCAGAGAAAAAGUAUACAUGUGUAUAAAAAAUGCCUUUGUAUGAAAAUUGCACGACUGGCUGAAGAGCCUAGAUAUAGAUCACAGAUCACUAGAAAGUAUAUGUAUUGUAUAUAUAAGUAAAAAUCAUCGUUACUGUAAACAAGAUCAAAAAUAUUAUUUUUGUACAAACGUGUUAAAUGAUUUAGUUUUCAUGUGGCAUGUGAUAUGUGAUAUGUGAUUAUUUUACCACUUCUUUUUACCAAAUAGUGUUUGUCCAAAGUUUUUGGAGAAAUCCAUUUUUGUUUCUUUCAAAUGUCUACAUUUAAGAUAGAAGUAGGCUUCUAGUUUUUAUAGGUUUAUAGAAUUUUGUAUUUCCUCUUUUCCUUAUUCUUGUAUAACUGUUCUGUAGCAAGGUAGAUAACUCUUCUUCUAAUAUUUUUUUUAUUGUAUGUCUUCCCUAAAAUACCAAAAGUUGAUCUCUGAUCUACAAAUCCAGUAGCUGAUAACUUAAUUCUCCCUGUAAAUCCUUUCUUUUUUGUAGGCAUCUAUUUUUGCAGAUCUUAAAAAAUAUAUGUUUAUUUUUGUUCAAAUUUUUUGAAUAAAUAGUUGAGAUACUUGAAUUCUUGAUGGAGUCUACUGUCGAAUUAAUGCAAAAAUUUGGAUCCAAUGUAACAUCAAUGGUUGCAGUAUCUGUCUUCACUAAGGACAAUAUGUGUUUUGCUUAAAAAGUAAUCCGAAAUAACGGACUCCUUUGAAAACAAAUUUGAUGGGGCAGAAACAUUUUUCAUCUGUCGGACAAAAUGUAUUUUUGGUUGAUACAUUUUGUUGCAUUAUAGUUUCGUGUUAACUUUUACUUCCUUGUCACUGUGGAUUGUUGUAUUUUGUGUUAAUGGUGAUACUGGGACACAAUACAUGAUCCUCUACACGCCUGCCCAUCAGUCAUGACAUACAGGCCAUGACCACAUCAGAUCUGAACAGGUUCUACUGUAUCAGACACCGUCACAUAAAACAGAGGUCUGUAAGAGAUUACACAUCAUAAAUCUGCAGUAAAACCUCGCUAUACUGCCAUCAUUUGUCCAGAAAAAUGUCGGCAUUUUAAAGGGGUUUGGUGAUAUAUUAAAAGAAGUAUAUAAAGGAAUUCUUAAGAAAACGAGAAAAAGGGACCUUGAAAUAUGUUGGUGGUAUGUGAGGUGGUAAGUGAAAGGAGGGGCAUUAUAUCAAGGUUUUACUGUAUAUAUAAACGAGGGGCAUUAUAUCAAGGUUUUACUGUAGUUUAUGGUUAAUACUGUAUAUCACUGUGGGUUGACUGAUGUAAGAAUAUCUAAUAUAUAUUUCUGUUGUGACAGGUUCAAAAAUAUGGUAUCUAUGCAUGUUUUUUUACACAUUUUCAUGUGACCAUAUGUAAAACAAAGGUGAUAUAUGUAUAUGUUUAAGAAACUAUUCUUAAUGUGAAGUUUUAUAUUUGUCCAUAAGUUAAGUUGAAUUCGAGUAAACUACCAUCUUUAAUUCCUGUU